UAAGUAACUCGAAGUCUUCAUUGUUUCCAUUCGUAAUAUCAGCAUGCCAGCUGGUGGCGUAGAGAACUGACGAGCGGGAAGUUGAUCCUGUGUAUUUGCAAUUUUAGUUAAAAAAAAGACUAUUUCACACCAGUUCUGAAAGCAAAGUUAUACGUAAUUUUUUAAAAACGUAUUUGAAGUUUGUAGUUGUUAUUCUAUUCAUGCACAAUUUAUCAGAGUGAACUUGACAAGUUUUUAAAUAUAUUUUAUAAAUAUAUUAGAACGAUCAACAAUGAUGUCGCUUGCGUUCGAAGAUACUCGCAUGUCAUUGGACAAUGAGCUGUCAAAUCUGUCGCCUUGCAAAUCUGUUGCGAAUACAACAAUAAACCUGCUUUCGUCUUUGGAGCCUGUUUCUAUAUCAGCCAGUGUCAAGGAAGAAGAUACUAUACAUAUAAUUAACAUAAGCGGAAAAUGUCCUGAUGAAAAGCAGCGUUCCGAUCAACAGAAAGCUGGAAGAAAAGAGACUAUUCCCCGUCAAAGUUGGGCUGAUAUGAUCGAAGAGGAAGAGAACGCCAAACUGAAAUCGGAAGCUCUAAUAGCUCAUUCCAAUAUGGAGUUAGCGGCCUCUGAUAGUAAGAUGUCCAUCGAAGAAAUCAGUAGCAGUAGCAGCAUCAGUGGUCGAUCCACUAGACAUAUUGAAAUUGAUAUAAUAGAUUCAGCCAAUGUGGAAAAAUAUGAAAAAUUAGUUCGAAAUGAGAUGAUAAAGUCACCAUUUAAACGUCGUCUAUCGGGCGGUUGUGAGGAAGGUGACGGGCACGCAAAUUUCAGCGAGGAGGGAAUUGAUGGUGACGAACUAACAAACAACCAGCACAAGAAAACUAAAAUGCACGAGGAUGACCACGGUCGGGAACGCUUUCGGCGGGACAGUACCAGUUCAGGCGAAGCCAGUAGUAAUGGUAGUCAGAGUAGUCGUAAGCCAUUGGAGUAUGAAAAAGAUACGUCAAUUUUGGUUCGUCGUCAAAAACAGAUCGACUAUGGCAAGAAUACGCUUGGAUAUGAAAAUUAUAUGAAACAGGUUCCAAGAGAUCAACGAACCAAAGAUCAUCCGAAAACUCCUCCGAAACACUUCAAGUACAGCCGUCGUGCUUGGGAUGGUCUAAUCAAAGUGUGGCGCAAGAAGUUGCAUUGUUUUGAUCCAAAUGCUAUAAACGGAACUGAGAACUAAGACUUCGGUAUUUAUUGUUGAAAAAGCGUUGAAUAUUAGCUUAAGCAAAGACGCGAUAAACCUAUGAAAGAUUUUCAAAUUCCUGAGAAAUAUUCAUUCGAAAUCAAUUCACUAGCAAGAUGGUGUAUUAUGGAAAUUCAGGAAGCUCGAGAAAUCUUAAAAUUACUACUCGAUAUGAGAAAAAAUGGAACCUUUAUUAUUAUGUGUUAGUUGGAUACGAUAACAGUAAUGUUACGAACUUGUAAAAUUUUGUAAUAAAACAAAAUCAAUAUGUUCUUCAA